CCCAACCCCCGCUUGCACUUCGAGUCCCUUCUCAUCCAAUUGGCUGCUUAACCCAAUGGCUGCAUCCGCCGCCCUCCCCCUUGCCGGCCGCAUUGCCAUAGUCACCGGCGCCUCCCGCGGCAUCGGUCGCGCCAUCGCCGCCCACCUCGCCUCCCUCGGUGCCGCCCUUGUUCUCGGCUACUCAACCAACUCCGCCGCCGCCGACCUCCUUGCCGCGGAGAUCAACUCCCAGUCAAUCUCCUCCGUCUCUCUCCGCCCCCGCGCCGUCGCCGUCCGAGCCGACGUCUCCGAUCCCUCCGCCGUCAGAUCCCUCUUCGACGCCGCCGAGGCCGCCUUCGGCUCCCCUCCCCACAUCCUCGUCGCCGCCGCGGGCGUCCUAGACUCCCGCUGCCCCGUCGUCGCCGACACCGCCGCAGAGGUCUGGGACGCCGCCAUGGCCGUCAACGCGAGGGGCGCGUUCCUCUGCUGCCGGGAGGCGGCGCGCCGCCUGGUCCGCGGCGGCGGGGGGCGGAUCGUGUGCGUAUCCUCGUCGCUGGUGGCGGCGCCGGGGGCGGGAUACGGGGCGUACACGGCGUCCAAGGCGGCGGUGGAGGCGAUGGUGAGGGUGCUGGCGCGGGAGCUGCGUGGCACAGGGAUCACCGCAAACUGCGUGGCGCCGGGGCCGGUGGCGACGGACAUGUUCUUCUCGGUGGCGGACGGCGGAGGCGAGGAGGCGGCGCAGGGGAACGCGAUGGGGCGGCUGGGGGAGCCGCGGGACAUCGCACCGAUGGUGGGGUUUCUGUGCACCGAUGCAGGAGAGUGGGUCAACGGGCAGGUUGUUGGCGUCAAUGGUGGCAUUUUGUAAAUUACACCAAACGCAUAAAUAACGUAAGUUGCGGAUCCUAUGUAACGGUAUCUAUCUGUUGUAAGAAUCAUGUUUCCCUUGCAUCA